AUGGCAGCAGGCGCGGACAUGGACAGCGUGCUGGCCCCCGCAGUGAAGCAGGAGGACACGCAGCCGAGUGGCGACGAGAGCCCGCCGACCCCCGCGCAGACGCCGACGGCUAAAUGCGCCAGCAAGGCUUCCCCGCCAGCUGCGCCCAAGACCAAGGCGCGCGCAGGUGCGCCUAAUGCGAACGAGGGCGACGACGCGGUCGACGCGGAGGACGGUGUGCCUGAUGAACGCAUGGUCUCCCGCGCCCAGAGGGCUGUAUUUCAUAGGAACUUGGACAUGCUCGAUGAAUCAGUGCAGAAGAAAUACAGCGAGCUGAAAGAAUCCACGAGCAGGGGCAAGGAGAAAGCCAUCUACGCAUUGAUCAAUGAAGUUGUCCCUCGACAUGUUACGUUUGCUGGCGCGAUCAAAAAUAAGGAGCACACCCUCACGAAAAUUGCUCGCCAUACCACCAGCAAGUCGAUAGGUUCUCUGAAUGUUGGCAUGGAUGAAUUGGUCAUGAUUGGCACCCGCUUCGCUGGCAGCAAGGCGCUCUUCAAGGAGGCGCUGGAUGCAAAGCAGGUGGUGUUCAACGAGAAGACUGGCAAGUACCGCGUGAUGGACACUGUCGACGAGAAGAAGGACAUGCACGAGGAGGCCACCCACGGCCAGACCACAGCGCUGGUUGACGAGAAAUGUAUGAUGGCCUUCUUCGAGCGCAUGGAAUCCGCCCGCUCCUCCGACAAGUGGAUGCUCGAUGAUGGCUCCGGCGCUGGCAGCUCCCGCGACAAGCCCGCGGCCGUCUGCGCCGAUGGCCCUGCCACGCCCGAGGACAUGCAGUUGCUCCAGGAAUCGUUCGAUGCAGUCUCGCGCACUACCCUCGCCAUCAAACAUAUGGGCAAGGACUUGGUGCAGGCGCGCGCCACCCAGAGCUCGGUGGACAUCGGGAGGCGCGGCAUGGAGCUCUGCAAGGCAAGCGCUCUAUAA